UGCGGCCAGGACCUCUCGUCCCUCUCCUACAACCUGUGUGACCUCUCGGCGGCCUGGGGCAUCGUGCUGGAGGCCGUGGCCAGCCUCGGCAUCGUCACCACCUUCGUGCUCACCAUCGUGCUCGUGGCCAGCCUCCCCUUCGUGCAGGAGCCGCAGAAGAAGAGCCUGGUGGCCACGCAGGUGCUCUUCCUGCUGGGCACCUUCGGCCUCUUCUGCCUGACCUUCGACUUCAUCGUGGGGCCCGACUUCUCCACGUGCACCUCGCGCCGCUUCCUCUUCGGUGUCCUCUUCUCCAUCUGCUUCUCCUGCCUGCUGGCGCACGCGCUGGCGCUCAACUUCUUGGCGCGGCGGAACCGGGCGCCGCGCGCCUGGGUGACGCUGGCCGUGGCGCUGCUGCUGGCGCUCGUGGAGGUCAUCGUCAACGCCGAGUGGCUCCUCAUCACGGUGGUGCGGCGCGAGG